CUUCCGCUCCAAGAACGAGUUGGCCCACCUGCGUUUCCUCUCUCUCUCUGUCUCUCUCUCUCUGUAAGAUAAGUAUGCGGUGUUGUUGACUUUCCUGGUUGUUGUGAAAAGGGGCAACAAUCUCAAUCCGAAAAGCGCGUAGACAUUUGAAAAUCAAACCCUAUAAAUCCAUCCAAAGUCCCCUUUGAAGUACAUAAAAUCAAACCCUUUCCCUUUCCCUUUCCCUUUCCCUUUCAUGUCGAUUCCAACUGGAAUCCAAGGCCAUCUCCUGGAGGUUACAGUCGUGGGUUGUGCGAAAUUGAAAGACACAGAGUGGAUCUCCAGGCAAGAUCCUUACGUCUGCCUUGAGUACGCCAACACCAAAUUUCGUACCAAAACCUGCACAGAUGGAGGCAAAAACCCCACGUUCCAGGAGAAAUUCGUCUUCUCUCUGAUCGAAGGGCUUCGAGAGAUCAACAUCACCGUCUGGAACAGCAAUACCCUCACCUUUGACGAUUUUAUUGGCUCCGGAAGGGUCCAGAUUCAAAAGGUCCUAACACAGGGCUUCGAUGAUAAUCCAUGGACACUGCAGAGUAAGAGCGGAAAGUAUGCAGGCGAGGUAAAACUCGUUCUUCAUUAUCCAAAGGCCAACAAAUCAGGUCAUGGUUUGGCUCCAUCAGCCCCAAUGUACCCAUCUCAUGGAGCUCAACCACCGUAUGUGAGCACCUAUCCGCACCCGUAUCCCACUCCUUCAACAUAUCCACCGGUAUCCACAUCCCCUAGUGGCUAUGCCCCACCUCUGACUAGUGCUUCUGCUUAUCCCCCACAGUAUCCACCUGCUGCUGCUUAUCCCCCACAAUAUCCACCUGCACCCGCUGCUGCUGCUUAUCCCCCACAAUAUCCACCUGCACCUGGUGCUGCUGCUGCUGCUUAUCCAUAUCCUGCCUCACCAUACCCACAAUCAACAUAUCCUCCUCCACCUUAUCCUCCUCCUCAUGGUGGUGCCUUUUAUCCAGGCACAUAUCCACCAUACUGAAACCAUAAUGUGAUGGAACCCUAAAGUGAUGACGCUGUAAACACAUUGUUUUGCGUGGGAGGGGAUUAAGUGGAGAUGCUGUUGUAGCAGUUGAUUUGCAGUGAAUAGCAGCUUUUGGCAGCAACUAGUCAUUUGAGGGGAGUCAUCGGCAGCAACAAGUCAUUUGAGACCCCCUCUCAGCUUUUGAAUGCCAACAUAUACCAUUGAGCUUUUGCAUGCCAACAUUACUUUUCUAGUUGUCUGGAGAAUUGUUUUUUUCAUCAUUUCUCUGAACUUUGUUAUUUGUGCUUUUUCAAGUUGUUCAGUCAACAAUCGGUUUGAGUUUCAACUUCUCUGUCGGGAAAUAAUUGUUGGAAAAUGUGGAAUUUCAACAA